GAAGCUCGUCGGCGCAUGGAACUGCGUGCCCAGCAGCUGGAACGCGAGAGGCUCCUGCUGGAGCAGGAAGUGGAGCGGCUCAUCCGGAAGAGUGAAGCCCAACAGUACUUGCAGCUCGUGACUGUUGCUGUGCUCCUGGUCCUCGUCUUGCUCCUAUGGUUUAUGGGAUGGGAAAGGAGCCUGAGGAGAGAGAGGAACGAAGAAGAAAAUGAUGGCGCAAAUGAAGAGGGAGUCAGAAACGGGGAUGCAAACGGAGAAGAAGCUGUUGGAAAUGAAGAAGGCAAUGCGAAUCGGGAGGAAGACAACAAUGAUGACGGCAACGUACAGCAAGCGGGCAAUGCUGCUGCAAAUGAGGCAGAUCGUGGUGGAAACGGAGCUGUCAAUGAGGAUGCAGCUGCAGAAAACAACCGUGAAGAUUUACUCCGAGAAAUAGAGGAGGUUUUUGGGGAAAUCAUCGGUGUAGUUUUGACGGACCGCAUCCAGUGGCCUGUCCAGGACCUGCAGAGAGGCUGUGAGUGGAUAACUGACCUGAUGGACAACUAUGCCACUUUCUUUGGUCGUGUCUUGUCAAACAGUUUCUACCCAGUCCUGCAACGAGCCAUCGGGGUGGGCAGCGCCUUUGAAGGUUGGAGUCCCCGCGAGCAGGACGUUGUGUACCGCGUGCUCGUACCCAUGACCCCUCCCCGAGGCCACAGCUUCCACCUGGAGCUGGACACUGCAGGGCACACGCAGCUGAGGAACUUCCGUGUGCGCGUGCAGCUGGAGUGCACCUGCACGAGGGAGCAGCAGGGCGACAACAUGCUGUGCUUCCUGCACCACCCCGAGGAGGAGCUGAGGAGGAAUCAGGAUCCCAGCCUCCUGGACACCCUGUGCACCGGCUCCUACCUCGACGUGCAGAAAACGGCCCGCUGGUUCUACCAACUGGUGAGAGCAAUCUGGCCAGCUUUGCCUCAGUCACACAGUUGGCAUUUAACGCUGCUGCCCUCCAGACGCUCCUGCCAAUUCAAGGUGACCAACGGAGAAGAGAGCUUCAGGAUUGAGAUGUUGUUUGGGGUAAGGAGAGGCGACUCAGACAUCUUUGUCAGCAGCCAGCCUAGAGAGGCCCACACCCCAAACACAACCUGGCCUGAGACUUAUGCUGUGGCAGAGAUGAAGUUCUUCAAGCACAUUGCCAGGCAGGCCCCCCCCGACAGUUUGCACCUCCGAUGCCUGCAGUUCUUCACCCGUCUCCAGCUGGGUUUCUGCUUUUCCACCUACGCCAUCAAGACCCUCAUCAUGCACCUGCUCGCUGCCACACCCGUGGCAUUGUGGUGCAGGAGACAUUUCCUGGAGCGACUGCUGCAGAUCAGAGAUGGCCUGUUUUUAUGUGUCAGAGCAAAACGCCUCAACCACUUCAUUGUGGGCAACGAGAGGCUUCCUCGUGACAUCAGGGUACCCCCAGAUGUUCCAACGGCUACGACACACAAUCUCUUCCAUCGCCUGGCGCAGGACUCUGACGCGUACAGCCAGGCCAUGCUGGAGUACUGGCUUCUGCGAAAGUGGCUCGAUGAAACAAUCGCAAUGAACUUUGAAUGA